ACCAAACAAAGGACCUUAAGUGUGCCACACAUCUCCUGAGUGAUAAGUUCAGAAACAUGACUGAGGAGAAGAAGGCAAUUGUCAGGGAUCUCGGAUAUGGAGGGUUGAUGCACAUCCCACCACUAAGGGUGGAUCACCAACUCUUAAGGGAACUGGCAAACAACUUUAAACUUGGGGAGAACAAACUGAAGACAGGAUAUGGUUCUUUCCAAAUAACACCAAAGACAAUAGGUGAUGCGCUUGGCAUCAAUGCAACAGGAAAUCUGUUUCCUGAGAAAGUUGAGUAUAAGCAACUUUCUGACGAUGACAAAAUAAUUUAUAGAAGAUUCCAGGGUAAGACCCUCAAAAGUCUUACCGAUGAAAUGAUGGAAAUCGGCGUUGGCAGCGAAGAGGAACGCCUGAUGUUUAAGAGGAUAUUCAUCCUCUACAUACAGAUGGCGUUCCUUUUGCCAACGACGAUAAACAAAAUAUCACCCGUGCACCUGGCCCCAAUUUUUAAGAUGGACGGCAUAUCGGAGAGAAACUGGGGGGACAUGUUUUGACCUUCAUAAUCAAGGGCAUCACAGACUACCAGGAGAAGAAGAAGAAGGCAAUUGAUGGCUGCCUCUUUGCCCUGAUGAUAAUAUACUUUCAUCUUUCAGAAAACAAAGGCAAGAAGAGGGCUGAAAGACCACCAAAGCCUUGGAUUGCGAACUGGACUAAGGAGCAGUUGGUGAAAAGAAUGACUGCAGAAAGAGAGGAAAUUUUGGUAAGUAAACAUAAUAUGUUGGUUGUAUUUUAUUUACCUGAAUGCUGCUAGCUAAAAUAUCUCAUGUUUCAGGGGAUUGUGAAGAUGGCGGA